AUGAAGUCAGUGCUCUUCAGCCGCUUCUUCAUCCUCCUGCCCUGGAUCCUGAUCGUCAUCAUCAUGCUCGACGUGGACACGCGUAGGCCCGCGCCCCCGCUCACCCCGCGCCCGUACUUCUCGCCCUAUCCCGGGGGCCGCGGGGGCGCCCGCCUCCCGCUCCGCCGGGGCGGCGCGGGGCGCGGCCGGGAGCAGCGCAACGAGUCGCGGCCGCCGCUGCCGCUGCCGCCCGAGCCGCCGCUGCCCACCAUCUAUGCCAUCACGCCCACCUACAGCCGCCCGGUGCAGAAGGCCGAGCUGACACGCCUGGCUAACACGUUCCGCCAGGUGGCGCAGCUGCACUGGAUCCUGGUGGAGGACGCGGCGGCGCGCAGCGAGCUGGUGAGCCGCUUCCUGGCGCGCGCGGGGCUGCCUAGCACGCACCUGCACGUGCCCACGCCGCGGCGCUACAAGCGGCCCGGGCUGCCGCGCGCCACCGAGCAGCGCAACGCCGGCUUGGCCUGGCUGCGCCAGAGGCACGGGCACCAGCGCGCGCAGCCCGGCGUGCUCUUCUUCGCCGACGACGACAACACCUACAGUCUCGAGCUCUUCCAGGAGAUGCGAACAACACGCAAGGUCUCUGUGUGGCCAGUGGGCCUGGUUGGUGGGCGGCGCUAUGAACGUCCAUUGGUGGAAAACGGGAAGGUCGUCGGCUGGUACACCGGCUGGAGAGCAGACAGAACCUUUGCCGUCGAUAUGGCAGGAUUUGCUGUAAGCCUUCAAGUCAUCUUGUCCAACCCCAAAGCUGUAUUUAAGCGUCGUGGGUCCCAGCCCGGGAUGCAGGAAUCUGACUUUCUAAAGCAGAUCACGACCGUCGAAGAACUGGAACCGAAAGCAAGUAACUGCACCAAGGUCCUCGUGUGGCACACUCGGACAGAGAAGGUGAACCUAGCCAAUGAGCCCAAGUACCACCUGGACACGGUGACGAUCGAGGUGUGACGGAGCCGCAGCUGGUGCUCUGGCGGGCGUGCGGGAUAGGGCUGCGGGCACCCGGGGGCCGUUUCC